CUCCGCCUCUCGUUCUCUUGGUGAACGUCAGUCUCACGUGUUAACGGCCAACAUGGGCAAGGAAAAGACUCACAUCAACAUUGUGGUUAUCGGUCACGUCGAUUCCGGUAAAUCCACGACCACCGGUCACCUGAUCUACAAAUGCGGUGGUAUCGACAAGCGCACCAUCGAGAAGUUCGAGAAGGAGGCCCAGGAGAUGGGCAAAGGCUCUUUCAAGUAUGCAUGGGUGCUGGAUAAGCUUAAAGCCGAGCGUGAGCGUGGUAUCACUAUUGAUAUCACUUUGUGGAAGUUCGAGACUCCAAAGUACUAUGUUACCGUGAUUGACGCUCCCGGACAUCGUGAUUUCAUCAAGAACAUGAUCACUGGUACGUCGCAGGCUGACUGCGCCAUUCUUGUCUGCCCUGCCGGUACCGGCGAGUUCGAGGCUGGUAUCUCGAAAAACGGCCAGACUCGGGAGCACGCUCUGCUUGCGUACACUCUUGGUGUAAAGCAGAUGAUUGUUGGUGUCAACAAGAUGGAUACCUCUGAGCCCCCUUACUCGGAGGCCCGUUUCGAGGAAAUCAAAAAAGAAGUGUCGUCUUACAUCAAAAAAAUCGGUUACAACCCCGCCACCGUGCCGUUCGUGCCCAUCUCCGGCUGGGCUGGAGAUAACAUGCUUGAGCCCUCUUCAAACAUGCCGUGGUACAAGGGAUGGCAGAUUGAGCGUAAGGGAUCGAAGUUCGAGGGUAAGACCCUGCUUCAGGCUCUCGAUGUCAUGGAGCCACCAACUAGACCCACUGACAAACCUCUCCGUCUUCCCCUGCAGGACGUCUAUAAAAUUGGUGGUAUCGGCACAGUGCCUGUCGGUCGUGUUGAGACCGGUAUCAUCAAGCCCGGCAUGGUGGUUACUUUCGCGCCAUCUAACCUGACGACUGAGGUUAAAUCGGUCGAAAUGCACCACGAGGCUCUCUCCGAAGCCGGACCCGGAGACAACGUUGGUUUCAACGUAAAGAACGUCUCUGUUAAGGAACUGAAGCGUGGCUUCGUUUGCGGUGAUUCAAAGGACCAUCCCCCUAAGGAAACCGGACAGUUUGAAGCUCAGGUCAUCGUGCUUAAUCACCCAGGCCAAAUCCAGAACGGUUAUUCGCCCGUGCUGGAUUGCCACACCGCCCACAUUGCCUGCCGAUUCAAGGAGAUCAAGGAGAAAUGCGAUCGUCGUUCUGGCAAGAAACUCGAGGACAUGCCCAAGUUUAUCAAGUCGGGUGAUGCCGCCAUCGUCGACCUCGAGCCCCAGAAGCCAAUGUGCGUCGAGGCCUUCACAGAGUUUCCUCCCCUCGGUCGCUUUGCUGUACGUGACAUGAGGCAAACCGUUGCUGUAGGUGUUAUUAAGUCUGUCAAGGUGAAGGAAGUUUCUGGUGGGAAGGUGACAAAGGCCGCUGAGAAGGCCGCCAAGAAAAAGUAAAUGAAUCCUGCCUCAACCAACUAGAAAAUCCCAUUGAGGCCAGGGUACCCCAUACGCCAUCUAGGGAUGGCAUCCCCAUCCUUUGGGUGCUAUCUUUUCGGCCGAUCAAUGGAAGGCUGGAGUAUUUAAUUUGUUGUAAAAACAAUAAAUUUUUGUAAGAACA